AUGGAGGCGGAAUAUGGUGAAGUUGGUGAAGGCGUAUUUGAAGGGGAGACGGAAGCCGAGUCGGCAGUCGAAGUGUUCGGUGAGAGAUUGGGGCAAGUUGAAGCGGACGCAGAAAGUGAAGCGGUAGAACAGGUUGAAUCGGAACGUGUGUCUGUGUUCGCUCCAGUCGAAUUGGAGUCUGAGGCGCUUGCAGAGACUGCAGCACAACCGGAACGGGAACGAUUGGUUGAGCGUGUCGGUGAGAUGGAGGCGGAAUAUGGUGAAGUUGGUGAAGGCGUAUUUGAAGGGGAGACGGAAGCCGAGUCGGCAGUCGAAGUGUUCGGUGAGAGAUUGGGGCAAGUUGAAGCGGACGCAGAAAGUGAAGCGGUAGAACAGGUUGAAUCGGAACGUGUGUCUGUGUUCGCUCCAGUCGAAUUGGAGUCUGAGGCGCUUGCAGAGACUGCAGCACAACCGGAACGGGAACGAUUGGUUGAGCGUGUCGGUGAGAUGGAGGCGGAAUAUGGUGAAGUGGGUGAAGGCGUAUUUGAAGGGGAGACGGAAGCCGAGUCGGCAGUCGAAGUGUUCGGUGAGAGAUUGGGGCAAGUUGAAGCGGACGCAGAAAGUGAAGCGGUAGAACAGGUUGAAUCGGAACGUGUGUCUGUGUUCGCUCCAGUCGAAUUGGAGUCUGAGGCGCUUGCAGAGACUGCAGCACAACCGGAACGGGAACGAUUGGUUGAGCGUGUCGGUGAGAUGGAGGCGGAAUAUGGUGAAGUUGGUGAAGGCGUAUUUGAAGGGGAGACGGAAGCCGAGUCGGCAGUCGAAGUGUUCGGUGAGAGAUUGGGGCAAGUUGAAGCGGACGCAGAAAGUGAAGCGGUAGAACAGGUUGAAUCGGAACGUGUGUCUGUGUUCGCUCCAGUCGAAUUGGAGUCUGAGGCGCUUGCAGAGACUGCAGCACAACCGGAACGGGAACGAUUGGUUGAGCGUGUCGGUGAGAUGGAGGCGGAAUAUGGUGAAGUUGGUGAAGGCGUAUUUGAAGGGGAGACGGAAGCCGAGUCGGCAGUCGAAGUGUUCGGUGAGAGAUUGGGGCAAGUUGAAGCGGACGCAGAAAGUGAAGCGGUAGAACAGGUUGAAUCGGAACGUGUGUCUGUGUUCGCUCCAGUCGAAUUGGAGUCUGAGGCGCUUGCAGAGACUGCAGCACAACCGGAACGGGAACGAUUGGUUGAGCGUGUCGGUGAGAUGGAGGCGGAAUAUGGUGAAGUUGGUGAAGGCGUAUUUGAAGGGGAGACGGAAGCCGAGUCGGCAGUCGAAGUGUUCGGUGAGAGAUUGGGGCAAGUUGAAGCGGACGCAGAAAGUGAAGCGGUAGAACAGGUUGAAUCGGAACGUGUGUCUGUGUUCGCUCCAGUCGAAUUGGAGUCUGAGGCGCUUGCAGAGACUGCAGCACAACCGGAACGGGAACGAUUGGUUGAGCGUGUCGGUGAGAUGGAGGCGGAAUAUGGUGAAGUUGGUGAAGGCGUAUUUGAAGGGGAGACGGAAGCCGAGUCGGCAGUCGAAGUGUUCGGUGAGAGAUUGGGGCAAGUUGAAGCGGACGCAGAAAGUGAAGCGGUAGAACAGGUUGAAUCGGAACGUGUGUCUGUGUUCGCUCCAGUCGAAUUGGAGUCUGAGGCGCUUGCAGAGACUGCAGCACAACCGGAACGGGAACGAUUGGUUGAGCGUGUCGGUGAGAUGGAGGCGGAAUAUGGUGAAGUUGGUGAAGGCGUAUUUGAAGGGGAGACGGAAGCCGAGUCGGCAGUCGAAGUGUUCGGUGAGAGAUUGGGGCAAGUUGAAGCGGACGCAGAAAGUGAAGCGGUAGAACAGGUUGAAUCGGAACGUGUGUCUGUGUUCGCUCCAGUCGAAUUGGAGUCUGAGGCGCUUGCAGAGACUGCAGCACAACCGGAACGGGAACGAUUGGUUGAGCGUGUCGGUGAGAUGGAGGCGGAAUAUGGUGAAGUUGGUGAAGGCGUAUUUGAAGGGGAGACGGAAGCCGAGUCGGCAGUCGAAGUGUUCGGUGAGAGAUUGGGGCAAGUUGAAGCGGACGCAGAAAGUGAAGCGGUAGAACAGGUUGAAUCGGAACGUGUGUCUGUGUUCGCUCCAGUCGAAUUGGAGUCUGAGGCGCUUGCAGAGACUGCAGCACAACCGGAACGGGAACGAUUGGUUGAGCGUGUCGGUGAGAUGGAGGCGGAAUAUGGUGAAGUUGGUGAAGGCGUAUUUGAAGGGGAGACGGAAGCCGAGUCGGCAGUCGAAGUGUUCGGUGAGAGAUUGGGGCAAGUUGAAGCGGACGCAGAAAGUGAAGCGGUAGAACAGGUUGAAUCGGAACGUGUGCCUGUGUUCGCUCCAGUCGAAUUGGAGUCUGAGGCGCUUGCAGAGACUGCAGCACAACCGGAACGGGAACGAUUGGUUGAGCGUGUCGGUGAGAUGGAGGCGGAAUAUGGUGAAGUUGGUGAAGGCGUAUUUGAAGGGGAGACGGAAGCCGAGUCGGCAGUCGAAGUGUUCGGUGAGAGAUUGGGGCAAGUUGAAGCGGACGCAGAAAGUGAAGCGGUAGAACAGGUUGAAUCGGAACGUGUGUCUGUGUUCGCUCCAGUCGAAUUGGAGUCUGAGGCGCUUGCAGAGACUGCAGCACAACCGGAACGGGAACGAUUGGUUGAGCGUGUCGGUGAGAUGGAGGCGGAAUAUGGUGAAGUUGGUGAAGGCGUAUUUGAAGGGGAGACGGAAGCCGAGUGGGCAGUCGAAGUGUUCGGUGAGAGAUUGGGGCAAGUUGAAGCGGACGCAGAAAGUGAAGCGGUAGAACAGGUUGAAUCGGAACGUGUGUCUGUGUUCGCUCCAGUCGAAUUGGAGUCUGAGGCGCUUGCAGAGACUGCAGCACAACCGGAACGGGAACGAUUGGUUGAGCGUGUCGGGGAGACGGAAGCCGAGUCGGCAGUCGAAGUGUUCGGUGAGAGAUUGGGGCAAGUUGAAGCGGACGCAGAAAGUGAAGCGGUAGAACAGGUUGAAUCGGAACGUGUGUCUGUGUUCGCUCCAGUCGAAUUGGAGUCUGAGGCGCUUGCAGAGACUGCAGCACAACCGGAACGGGAACGAUUGGUUGAGCGUGUCGGUGAGAUGGAGGCGGAAUAUGGUGAAGUUGGUGAAGGCGUAUUUGAAGGGGAGACGGAAGCCGAGUCGGCAGUCGAAGUGUUCGGUGAGAGAUUGGGGCAAGUUGAAGCGGACGCAGAAAGUGAAGCGGUAGAACAGGUUGAAUCGGAACGUGUGUCUGUGUUCGCUCCAGUCGAAUUGGAGUCUGAGGCGCUUGCAGAGACUGCAGCACAACCGGAACGGGAACGAUUGGUUGAGCGUGUCGGUGAGAUGGAGGCGGAAUAUGGUGAAGUUGGUGAAGGCGUAUUUGAAGGGGAGACGGAAGCCGAGUCGGCAGUCGAAGUGUUCGGUGAGAGAUUGGGGCAAGUUGAAGCGGACGCAGAAAGUGAAGCGGUAGAACAGGUUGAAUCGGAACGUGUGUCUGUGUUCGCUCCAGUCGAAUUGGAGUCUGAGGCGCUUGCAGAGACUGCAGCACAACCGGAACGGGAACGAUUGGUUGAGCGUGUCGGUGAGAUGGAGGCGGAAUAUGGUGAAGUUGGUGAAGGCGUAUUUGAAGGGGAGACGGAAGCCGAGUCGGCAGUCGAAGUGUUCGGUGAGAGAUUGGGGCAAGUUGAAGCGGACGCAGAAAGUGAAGCGGUAGAACAGGUUGAAUCGGAACGUGUGUCUGUGUUCGCUCCAGUCGAAUUGGAGUCUGAGGCGCUUGCAGAGACUGCAGCACAACCGGAACGGGAACGAUUGGUUGAGCGUGUCGGUGAGAUGGAGGCGGAAUAUGGUGAAGUUGGUGAAGGCGUAUUUGAAGGGGAGACGGAAGCCGAGUCGGCAGUCGAAGUGUUCGGUGAGAGAUUGGGGCAAGUUGAAGCGGACGCAGAUAGUGAAGCGGUAGAACAGGUUGAAUCGGAACGUGUGUCUGUGUUCGCUCCAGUCGAAUUGGAGUCUGAGGCGCUUGCAGAGACUGCAGCACAACCGGAACGGGAACGAUUGGUUGAGCGUGUCGGUGAGAUGGAGGCGGAAUAUGGUGAAGUUGGUGAAGGCGUAUUUGAAGGGGAGACGGAAGCCGAGUCGGCAGUCGAAGUGUUCGGUGAGAGAUUGGGGCAAGUUGAAGCGGACGCAGAAAGUGAAGCGGUAGAACAGGUUGAAUCGGAACGUGUGUCUGUGUUCGCUCCAGUCGAAUUGGAGUCUGAGGCGCUUGCAGAGACUGCAGCACAACCGGAACGGAACGAUUGGUUGAGCGUGUCGUCGAAUUGGAGUCUGAGGCGCUUGCAGAGACUGCAGCACAACCGGAACGGGAAACGAUUGGUUGAGCGUGUCGGUGAGAUGGAGGCGGAAUAUGGUGAAGUUGGUGAAGGCGUAUUUGAAGGGGAGACGGAAGCCGAGUCGGCAGUCGAAGUGUUCGGUGAGAGAUUGGGGCAAGUUGAAGCGGACGCAGAAAGUGAAGCGGUAGAACAGGUUGAAUCGGAACGUGUGUCUGUGUUCGCUCCAGUCGAAUUGGAGUCUGAGGCGCUUGCAGAGACUGCAGCACAACCGGAACGGGAACGAUUGGUUGAGCGUGUCGGUGAGAUGGAGGCGGAAUAUGGUGAAGUUGGUGAAGGCGUAUUUGAAGGGGAGACGGAAGCCGAGUCGGCAGUCGAAGUGUUCGUCGAAUUGGAGUCUGAGGCGCUUGCAGAGACUGCAGCACAACCGGAACGGGAACGAUUGGUUGAGCGUGUCGGUGAGAUGGAGGCGGAAUAUGGUGAAGUUGGUGAAGGCGUAUUUGAAGGGGAGACGGAAGCCGAGUCGGCAGUCGAAGUGUUCGGUGAGAGAUUGGGGCAAGUUGAAGCGGACGCAGAAAGUGAAGCGGUAGAACAGGUUGAAUCGGAACGUGUGUCUGUGUUCGCUCCAGUCGAAUUGGAGUCUGAGGCGCUUGCAGAGACUGCAGCACAACCGGAACGGGAACGAUUGGUUGAGCGUGUCGGUGAGAUGGAGGCGGAAUAUGGUGAAGUUGGUGAAGGCGUAUUUGAAGGGGAGACGGAAGCCGAGUCGGCAGUCGAAGUGUUCGGUGAGAGAUUGGGGCAAGUUGAAGCGGACGCAGAAAGUGAAGCGGUAGAACAGGUUGAAUCGGAACGUGUGUCUGUGUUCGCUCCAGUCGAAUUGGAGUCUGAGGCGCUUGCAGAGACUGCAGCACAACCGGAACGGGAACGAUUGGUUGAGCGUGUCGGUGAGAUGGAGGCGGAAUAUGGUGAAGUUGGUGAAGGCGUAUUUGAAGGGGAGACGGAAGCCGAGUCGGCAGUCGAAGUGUUCGGUGAGAGAUUGGGGCAAGUUGAAGCGGACGCAGAAAGUGAAGCGGUAGAACAGGUUGAAUCGGAACGUGUGUCUGUGUUCGCUCCAGUCCUCUUGGAGUCUGAGGCGCUUGCAGAGACUGCAGCACAACCGGAACGGGAACGAUUGGUUGAGCGUGUCGUCGAAUUGGAGUCUGAGGCGCUUGCAGAGACUGCAGCACAACCGGAACGGGAACGAUUGGUUGAGCGUGUCGGUGAGAUGGAGGCGGAAUAUGGUGAAGUUGGUGAAGGCGUAUUUGAAGGGGAGACGGAAGCCGAGUCGGCAGUCGAAGUGUUCGGUGAGAGAUUGGGGCAAGUUGAAGCGGACGCAGAAAGUGAAGCGGUAGAACAGGUUGAAUCGGAACGUGUGUCUGUGUUCGCUCCAGUCGAAUUGGAGUCUGAGGCGCUUGCAGAGACUGCAGCACAACCGGAACGGGAACGAUUGGUUGAGCGUGUCGGUGAGAUGGAGGCGGAAUAUGGUGAAGUUGGUGAAGGCGUAUUUGAAGGGGAGACGGAAGCCGAGUCGGCAGUCGAAGUGUUCGGUGAGAGAUUGGGGCAAGUUGAAGCGGACGCAGAAAGUGAAGCGGUAGAACAGGUUGAAUCGGAACAGACUGCAGCACAACCGGAACGGGAACGAUUGGUUGAGCGUGUCGGUGAGAUGGAGGCGGAAUAUGGUGCAGUUGGUGAAGGCGUAUUUGAAGGGGAGACGGAAGCCGAGUCGGCAGUCGAAGUGGUCGGUGAGAGAUUGGGGCAAGUUGAAGCGGACGCAGAAAGUGAAGCGGUAGAACAGGUUGAAUCGGAACGUGUGUCUGUGUUCGCUCCAGUCGAAUUGGAGUCUGAGGCGCUUGCAGAGACUGCAGCACAACCGGAACGGGAACGAUUGGUUGAGCGUGUCGGUGAGAUGGAGGCGGAAUAUGGUGAAGUUGGUGAAGGCGUAUUUGAAGGGGAGACGGAAGCCGAGUCGGCAGUCGAAGUGUUCGGUGAGAGAUUGGGGCAAGUUGAAGCGGACGCAGAAAGUGAAGCGGUAGAACAGGUUGAAUCGGAACGUGUGUCUGUGUUCGCUCCAGUCGAAUUGGAGUCUGAGGCGCUUGCAGAGACUGCAGCACAACCGGAACGGGAACGAUUGGUUGAGCGUGUCGGUGAGAUGGAGGCGGAAUAUGGUGAAGUUGGUGAAGGCGUAUUUGAAGGGGAGACGGAAGCCGAGUCGGCAGUCGAAGUGUUCGGUGAGAGAUUGGGGCAAGUUGAAGCGGACGCAGAAAGUGAAGCGGUAGAACAGGUUGAAUCGGAACGUGUGUCUGUGUUCGCUCCAGUCGAAUUGGAGUCUGAGGCGCUUGCAGAGACUGCAGCACAACCGGAACGGGAACGAUUGGUUGAGCGUGUCGGUGAGAUGGAGGCGGAAUAUGGUGAAGUUGGUGAAGGCGUAUUUGAAGGGGAGACGGAAGCCGAGUCGGCAGUCGAAGUGUUCGGUGAGAGAUUGGGGCAAGUUGAAGCGGACGCAGAAAGUGAAGCGGUAGAACAGGUUGAAUCGGAACGUGUGUCUGUGUUCGCUCCAGUCGAAUUGGAGUCUGAGGCGCUUGCAGAGACUGCAGCACAACCGGAACGGGAACGAUUGGUUGAGCGUGUCGGUGAGAUGGAGGCGGAAUAUGGUGAAGUUGGUGAAGGCGUAUUUGAAGGGGAGACGGAAGCCGAGUCGGCAGUCGAAGUGUUCGUCGAAUUGGAGUCUGAGGCGCUUGCAGAGACUGCAGCACAACCGGAACGGGAACGAUUGGUUGAGCGUGUCGGUGAGAUGGAGGCGGAAUAUAGUGAAGUUGGUGAAGGCGUAUUUGAAGGGGAGACGGAAGCCGCGUCGGCAGUCGAAGUGUUCGGUGAGAGAUUGGGGCAAGUUGAAGCGGACGCAGAAAGUGAAGCGGUAGAACAGGUUGAAUCGGAACGUGUGUCUGUGUUCGCUCCAGUCGAAUUGGAGUCUGAGGCGCUUGCAGAGACUGCAGCACAACCGGAACGGGAACGAUUGGUUGAGCGUGUCGGUGAGAUGGAGGCGGAAUAUGGUGAAGUUGGUGAAGGCGUAUUUGAAGGGGAGACGGAAGCCGAGUCGGCAGUCGAAGUGUUCGGUGAGAGAUUGGGGCAAGUUGAAGCGGACGCAGAAAGUGAAGCGGUAGAACAGGUUGAAUCGGAACGUGUGUCUGUGUUCGCUCCAGUCGAAUUGGAGUCUGAGGCGCUUGCAGAGACUGCAGCACAACCGGAACGGGAACGAUUGGUUGAGCGUGUCGGUGAGAUGGAGGCGGAAUAUGGUGAAGUUGGUGAAGGCGUAUUUGAAGGGGAGACGGAAGCCGAGUCGGCAGUCGAAGUGUUCGGUGAGAGAUUGGGGCAAGUUGAAGCGGACGCAGAAAGUGAAGCGGUAGAACAGGUUGAAUCGGAACGUGUGUCUGUGUUCGCUCCAGUCGAAUUGGAGUCUGAGGCGCUUGCAGAGACUGCAGCACAACCGGAACGGGAACGAUUGGUUGAGCGUGUCGGUGAGAUGGAGGCGGAAUAUGGUGAAGUUGGUGAAGGCGUAUUUGAAGGGAGACGGAAGCCGAGUCGGCAGUCGAAGUGUUCGUCCGAACUGGAGUCUGAGGCGCUUGCAGAGACUGCAGCACAACCGGAACGGGAACGAUUGGUUGAGCGUGUCGGUGAGAUGGAGGCGGAAUAUGGUGAAGUUGGUGAAGGCGUAUUUGAAGGGGAGACGGAAGCCGAGUCGGCAGUCGAAGUGUUCGGUGAGAGAUUGGGGCAAGUUGAAGCGGACGCAGAAAGUGAAGCGGUAGAACAGGUUGAAUCGGAACGUGUGUCUGUGUUCGCUCCAGUCGAAUUGGAGUCUGAGGCGCUUGCAGAGACUGCAGCACAACCGGAACGGGAACGAUUGGUUGAGCGUGUCGGUGAGAUGGAGGCGGAAUAUGGUGAAGUUGGUGAAGGCGUAUUUGAAGGGGAGACGGAAGCCGAGUCGGCAGUCGAAGUGUUCGGUGAGAGAUUGGGGCAAGUUGAAGCGGACGCAGAAAGUGAAGCGGUAGAACAGGUUGAAUCGGAACGUGUGUCUGUGUUCGCUCCAGUCGAAUUGGAGUCUGAGGCGCUUGCAGAGACUGCAGCACAACCGGAACGGGAACGAUUGGUUGAGCGUGUCGGUGAGAUGGAGGCGGAAUAUGGUGAAGUUGGUGAAGGCGUAUUUGAAGGGGAGACGGAAGCCGAGUCGGCAGUCGAAGUGUUCGGUGAGAGAUUGGGGCAAGUUGAAGCGGACGCAGAAAGUGAAGCGGUAGAACAGGUUGAAUCGGAACGUGUGUCUGUGUUCGCUCCAGUCGAAUUGGAGUCUGAGGCGCUUGCAGAGACUGCAGCACAACCGGAACGGGAACGAUUGGUUGAGCGUGUCGGGGAGACGGAAGCCGAGUCGGCAGUCGAAGUGUUCGGUGAGAGAUUGGGGCAAGUUGAAGCGGACGCAGAAAGUGAAGCGGUAGAACAGGUUGAAUCGGAACGUGUGUCUGUGUUCGCUCCAGUCGAAUUGGAGUCUGAGGCGCUUGCAGAGACUGCAGCACAACCGGAACGGGAACGAUUGGUUGAGCGUGUCGGUGAGAUGGAGGCGGAAUAUGGUGAAGUUGGUGAAGGCGUAAUUGAAGGGGAGACGGAAGCCGAGUCGGCAGUCGAAGUGUUCGGUGAGAGAUUGGGGCAAGUUGAAGCGGACGCAGAAAGUGAAGCGGUAGAACAGGUUGAAUCGGAACGUGUGUCUGUGUUCGCUCCAGUCGAAUUGGAGUCUGAGGCGCUUGCAGAGACUGCAGCACAACCGGAACGGGAACGAUUGGUUGAGCGUGUCGGUGAGAUGGAGGCGGAAUAUGGUGAAGUUGGUGAAGGCGUAUUUGAAGGGGAGACGGAAGCCGAGUCGGCAGUCGAAGUGUUCGGUGAGAGAUUGGGGCAAGUUGAAGCGGACGCAGAAGUGAAGCGGUAG